CACAGACAGACGCUGUAGCUACACUGGGGAACUUAUGAUAUGAUUUCACUGUAUAUCCUUCAGAUUUAUUUACUGAGCUCAGAACAGACGGAGACAGAAUGGCGUCUGGAUCUCCUUCUCUCCUGGAAGAGGAGCUCUCCUGUCCUGUGUGCUCUGACAUCUUCAGGGAUCCUGUUCUCCUGAGUUGCAGUCACAGCUUCUGUAAGGCCUGUCUGCAGCAGUACUGGGAUCAGAAGGGAUCUCUGGAGUGCCCAGUUUGCAGGAGAAGAUCUUCGAGGGAAUGUCCUCCCUGUAACCUGUCUCUGAGGAAUACCUGUGAGGCGUUCUUAAAGGAGAGAAGUCAGAGAGCUAAAGCAGGACCUGAAGUGCUCUGCAGUCUGCACAGUGAGAAACUCAAACUCUUCUGUUUGGAGGAUCAAAUACCUGUAUGUCUUGUCUGUCAAACUUCAAGAAAACAUGAAAACCACAAACUGCUACCAGUUCAGGAGGCUGCCGAAGAGUAUAAGGAGAAACUCAGGACUGCACUGGCUCCACUGCAGGAGAAGCUAAAAGCCUUUAAUGCAGUGAAACUAAUCUGUGAUCAAACAGCAGAGCACAUCAAGAGCCAGGCCCAGCACACAGAGAGACAGAUAAAGAUGAAGUUUAAGAAACUUCAGCAGUUCCUAAAACAUGAAGAGGCAGCCAGGAUCACUGCACUGAGGGAGGAAGAGGAGCAGAAGAGUCAGAUGAUGAAGGAGAAGAUUGAGAAGAUGACAGAAGAGAUAUCAUCCCUUUCAGAACAGAUCAGAGCCUUAGAACAGGAGCUGGGAGCUGAAGACAUCUCAUUCCUGCAGGUAAGACCUGUUCACUCUGUGUCUUCUAUGGUAAUGAAGCCACCCACAGCACAAGUGACUCCUGAAUAUUAUUGCAGAGCCCAGUGCACCCUGGGGGAUCCAGAGAAGGUCUCAGGAGCGCUGAUUGAUGUGGCCAAGCACCUGGGCAAUCUGAAGUACAGAGUGUGGGAGAAGAUGCUGGGGACUGUUCAAUACACUCCUGUGACUCUAGACCCAAAUACAGCAAAUUCCAACCUCUCACUGUCUGAGGAUCUGACCAGUGUGGGAUGGAGUGGUGAGAGACAGCAGGUUCCUGAUAAUCCAGAGAGAUUUGAUUGGCAGUGGUGUGUGCUGGGCUCUGAGGGAUUCAGCUCAGGGAGACACUGCUGGGAUGUAGAAGUGGGGGAUAAUGAGUACUGGGGGGUGGGUGUGGCUAAAGAGUCCAUCAGCAGGAAAGGGGGUGGGUAUGAGAGCCCAGCAGGAGGAGUGUGGAGUAUAGAGCUGUGCGAUGGGAAAUACAGAGCCAUGACCUCCCCACUCACACACCUCACUGUGCAGAGGAACCUCCAGAGGGUCAGAGUGCAGCUGGACUGGGACAGGGGGGAGGUGUCAUUCUCUGACCCCAGUGACAACACUCCUCUCCACACUUUUAAACACUCCUUCACUGAGAGACUGUUUCCAUUCUUUGGUACUCUGGAGACUGUGCGGAUCUGUCCACUGAAGGUGUCUGUAAGUGUAAAAUAGCACUGUGGGAUUGUUUGUAAACAUCAGUUGAAGUCAAAGCACUGUAUUUAAUCAACUCAGAGUAGAUUUACUACAAAUGUUAGAAACAAAAACACAUCAUAACAAAAUAUUGUGUAUAAUUUUAAAUGUAAAUACAAACAUUGUAUUGUGCUUGAUGAGAAAUGUCUGAUCUCUCUGAUAUAACCUCACAAUGUUAUUACUGAGUAAUUACUGUGGCACAUGGUGGUAUUGUAAGUACACUGGUGUGUGUGUAAUGAGUUGGGGUGUAAUAAAUACAGCAGUGGAAUCA